AUGCAACCUGAUCAUUCUACGCUCUUUUCCAGACUGCGUUAUAGCGUACUACCAAGAUCGACAGGCCCAUGUCUCUUUUCAUUCCGGCAAAGGUCAGCCCUGACCGGCCGUGGGAGCGGACCACAGCCUUUCUGGCCAGAUUACCACAUUCCGGGUAGCUUCCAACUUGAGACAAAGAACUUUCAGUUGACAGGGUUACGGAACUUGACUGGCCCCGCCGUCAAGGUAAGCCAAAGUCCUCCUUCUAGCAAGAAAGCUAUUGAGGCACCAGAUGGCGAGCAUUUGAUGGAGACAUUCAUUGGCUAUCAAUAA